AAGGCAGGACAACUUGAAGUGGGGAGUGGGCUUCCUGAUCAUAAAUAGAUAAAAGACAAACAGUUGCAUUCUUUUGAGUUUCUGAUGAGCCUUUGUGAUUUACAGGAAUGUCACUUAGGCUGUAGUCUGGCUUAGUGAAACAACAGGGCAAAGGAAACAAUCAGAUAUGCAUUUGUCUCACGUGAGCAGAGGGAUGAGUCUGAGUUCUGUCUGUUGUCCACAGGGAAUUUCCUUGUGGACAAAUUGUGAGGGAGGUGUGUAGCUUCUUACCUUUGUAGCUAUCUUUUUAGGAAUAAAAUGGGAGGCAGGUUUGCCUGACAAGAGUUCCCAGCUUGACUUUUCCCUUGGCUCAGUGAUUUUGGGGUCCUGAGAUUUACUUUCCUUUUACAAAAGCAAGCUUCCAUUAGUGUACUUCAUCUACGUUCUGUAAAUUACCGAGGCGAAACAGUGGAAAUGAAUGCCUUCAACCUUCCAGAUCCUGGCGUCCUGCAGUCAGUCAUGCAUGUGCCUCUUAAUUGUAGACAGUGAGACAAGAACUUCUCAGCCUCAGGGCACUCGUGGUCCUACACUGAAGCUAUUCAGCUUCUUCGCUCUGCUGAUCCCUCGUCCAGUGACAAGAGAAUAGUCCAUCUUCUCUGAUAUACUUCAGAGCUGGAAGAAUUAUGUGAGCUUUGUUAUGACAAGCCCUCUGAUGAGUGUAUAAAUGUCCAAGCGACCCCGUAAACGUAAAGUGCCAUAGAAAUGCAGGCCGGCAUUACUUGUAGACUCAAUUCCCAAGUCUCCUAGAGUUUUACUCAUAGGAAAGUCUACAGGCAGCCAGUUCCAACAUUUUUGACAAGAACAACAAAAUAUAUUAAAUUUUAUACUAUAUAUUAUAGUUACAAAAUAUAUUUUUAAAUUUUAAAUUCUUAAAUUAGUAUUGAAGUCUGUUAAUUGCAGGAAGAACAUACAUAACAGAGAGGUUUGGCCAGGUUUUGUUUAACAUCCUUUGGAGCCCAAGGAUUUUAUAAUUUCUGAGAUUCUUAGAGUUUAGAGUUUCCCACUCUCAGCAUGGAUUUGAUUUAUUAGGAGAAAUAGAGAUGAUACUGUCAAUGAGGAUUUCCAGUUCAUUUCCUUUGAUAGCCUAUGCUGUGUUAAUGCUUCGUUGUGUUACCAAAAAGGGUCCCAAUCCAGACCCCAAGAGAGGGUUCUUGGACCUGGUGCUAGAAAGAACUCAGGGCAAGUCCAUGAAGUGAAAGCGAGUUUAUUAAGAAAGUAAAGGAAUAAAGAAGGGCUACUCAAUAGGUGGAGCAGUGGCAUGGGCUGCUCCACUGAGGAUACUUAGAGUUAUUUUUCAAUUAUAUGCUAAACAAGGAGUGGAUUAUUCGUGAGUUUUCUGGAAAAGAGGUGGGCAGUUCCCGGAACUGAGAGUUCCUCCCCUUUUUAGACCAUAUAGUGUAACUUCCUGAUGUUGCCAUGGCAUUUGUAAACUGUCUUGGCGCUGGUGGGAGUGUCUUUUGGCAGCUAACGCAUUAGAGUUAGUAUAAUGAGCAGUGAAGAUGACCAGAGGUCAUGUUCAUUGCCAUCUUGGUUUUGGUGGAUUUGGCCGGCUCCUUUACUGCAUGCAGUUUUAUCAGCAAGGUCUUCAUGACCUGUAUCGUGUGCGGACCUCCUGUCUCAUCCUGUGACUUGGAAUGCCUAACCUCCUGGGAAUGCAGCCUGUGAAUAACCCUAUACCUUCCAAUUUGAAAUCAGAAGCAAAAAAGGCUGCCAAAAUAUUAAGAGAAUUCACAGAAAUAACUUCCAGAAGUGGACCUGAUAAGAUCAUUCCUGCUCACGUAAUUGCGAAGGCUAAAGGCCUUGCAAUUCUGUCUGUGAUCAAAGCCGGGUUCCUGGUGACUGCCAGAGGAGGCAGCGGGAUUGUAGUGGCGCGCCUUCCAGAUGGAAAAUGGUCUGCACCCUCAGCCAUUGGGAUAGCUGGCCUUGGUGGGGGAUUUGAAAUAGGAAUUGAGGUAUCAGACUUGGUGAUAAUUCUGAAUUAUGACCGUGCUGUAGAAGCUUUUGCAAAAGGCGGAAAUCUAACCCUCGGAGGGAACUUGACUGUGGCGGUUGGGCCCUUGGGAAGGAACUUGGAAGGAAACGUGGCCCUGAGAAGUUCCGCUGCCGUCUUCACAUACUGCAAGUCAAGGGGACUCUUUGCAGGCGUGUCUUUAGAAGGGAGCUGUUUGAUUGAAAGGAAGGAAACUAAUAGAAAAUUUUAUUGUCAAGAUAUCCGAGCUUAUGACAUUUUAUUUGGAGAUACACCGCAGCCUGCUGAAGCCGAAGAUCUUUAUGAAAUUCUUGAUUCCUUUACUGAAAAGUAUGAAAAUGAAGGACAGCGAAUCAAUGCAAGAAAAGCAGCAAAGGAGCAGAGGAAGUCUUCUGCUAAAGAAUUACCUCCAAAGCCAUUAUCAAGACCACAGCAGUCAUCUUCACCAGUCCAGCUGAACUCUGGCUCUCAAAGUAACAGAAAUGAAUAUAAGCUCUAUCCUGGACUUUCCAGCUAUCACGAGACAGGUGGCAAUUUGAAUCAACCCAUAGAAGUGACAGCGCUGUAUGCAUUUGAAGGACAGCAGCCUGGGGAUUUGAAUUUUCAAGCUGGAGACAGAAUCACAGUUAUAUCAAAAACAGAUUCACAUUUUGAUUGGUGGGAAGGAAAGCUUCGAGGUCAAACUGGCAUUUUUCCAGCCAACUAUGUAACCAUGAAUUAAAGCGUAUACUAUUUUCUUCUUUGAGAAUUACAAAAAAAUUAUUUCUACACUGACAGGAUUUACUAGUUAAGCAAUGUUUAAUAUGAAUUUUAAAAAACUUCUGUUCUACAAAAUUUCCAUUCAGUAUGUAAAAGAUUUUGUUUUUCUAUAAAAAAGAGUUGACUGACAUAUCUUUAAAUACUUUGUACUAACUUUAUCACACUUGCUGUGUCAUAGAAUAUCAUACAAUUUAUGUGCUCAUAGUUCUUUUGUGAACACUUUCAAACAUCACUAAGCAUUUGAUCUGGCCGUGUAUAUGGUAGCUGUAUUUUAAUUUGAGAAUCUUGAGGGUAGAGCCACGAAUUUCAAUUCAUACGUUUCCAUUUGCAAAGUGACUAGAGAAAAAGAAAUCAGCUUAAAUGAGGUAUUAAGUAAUGUUUAGAGUUGUAGGUAUUAACUAGAAUAUAAAUCCUUAGAAAUCAUCUUUAUACCUUCAAAAAUUAUACUAUGCAUUUAUCAUAGAAAUACGAUUACAAAGAAGUCUGACUACCAUGUCUUUAAACAUACGGCAUCUCUCAACUUUUCUUCCUUAUGGGGCUACAUUUGUUCAUUUCAAGCAGUAGCAUAAACUUACAGUGAUAUGGUAGACUUGUCUCUAAAUAAAAUUUUUAAAUGUUUACUAAGUUAA